AUGGAUUAUGCAAUUCUGGAGUUAUUCACGUCGCUGGUUAUUUCUACCACGCCCAUAGACAACCAACCAACCACCCACGAUGAAAGCUGCGACUUAAGUGACAGCGACAUUAUAUUUGGAUUGAACGACGGUCUAUUAGACAUCAUAAAACGAAUAUCCUCCCUUCACUUUCGCUCAAGAACGAAAAAAGUGAAUAACUCUACGACAAUCACGGAAGCCGUGGGGAUAUGGCAGGACCUAACGACAUGGCAACCACCAGAAGCUCUGUCCGGUGAAGAAUACCAACAGCUAUACGAUACUUACACAUCGGCACUUUUUACCUGGCUCUACCUCAUCCUGCAUCCCGACAGUAUGUGCGAUGGGAAGGUCCAGUCGAUGGUAGAACAAGGUGUUGUGACGAUGUCGGCUGUCACUGUUCUCGAAUUAUCACCAUUUCUGCUCAUCCCUCUUUUCAUUCUCGGAUUGGCCAGUGUACAGGACGAACACAAAGACUUUAUCAGCGGGGCGUUUGACCAGAUAGAGGAGCAUACCGCGUUGAAGAGGUGGAGGUAUAUCGCACGAUGGUGGAGCGCAGUUGGGAAAACCAAGAUCAGGGAAUCCCAAGAAGCUGGGAAUGGAUCCAGUGGCAAGACGCAGGCUCCGCAGGGUGACGGUUUCUCUCCGUAG